AUGACUCUCAACCAAGUCCUUUUCCUCCUUAUUUUGGUUCUAAUCAGUUUUGUAUAUUUCAUCUCAUAUUAUUCAAUGGAUAGCGAAUUGGCUAAAGAGGGUUGCUCAAUUCAGGUGGGUAUUCUUUUCCAUAGCGAAGUUUUAUCAAUUAUUUCCAGCACGCUGUAUGCGAAGAUGAAAUCAAUGCUGACCACACAAUUGCUUGCCAAAUAACUUGCUCCAAAAUUCCUGCAACAAAACAAAAUUUUUUGGAACAAACAUUACUUUAUUUUAUUCCCGGAUUCAUCUUUAUUACUUUCAUUUACCACUGCUUAAUUUAUGCUUCAAUUUUUAUUGUUGAAACUUGGAAUAUAGAAGAAUAAUUUGAAAGUUCAAAACAAUUAAUAAACCAUGUUUUCCACGUGACCCAAUUUUUCUGUUUUUUUUUCGCGGACCAAAAAAAAAAUUCACUUUUUAACCCACUUAAAAUUUGAAAAACUGUCAUUUUUUAGUAUGCAAAACUGGGUAAGUUGAGAAUAUUCUCAGGUACCUAGAUCCAGAUUUUUUGAAUCGGACCAGAAGCCUUCCCGCUUCUCCUCUCCCUCUCUCAAUCUAAUAUUCAUUUUUUCAGUGCUAACAUGUUAAUUACCUUACUUCGUAUCAGUAUAAUAACCUACAUUUUGAAUCAAUGUGCAAAACGCGAAAAAAAGAAAGACAAAUUGAAAUCCGCCUCCUCAACUUCAGUUUCACAAGCGAGUCCAAGUCCAAUCACACCAGCAGUUGACACCAAACAUACACCGGAUGCAUUUCCAAUGACUGCACACGGUGAAAAUUCAGAUGCUGAUCUGAAAAUCAAUAUAAAUAAGAAGAAGGAUAAAGGAGCUGGUGUUGAUUUCGAAGAUGAUGAUGAUGAGGAGAAUCCACUUGUCAAAUUAUCCAUGAAAAAGGCGAAGAAGGAGGCAGAAUUGAAGCGACAGAAGGAGAAAGAGCAAGCUCUUGCUCAGGCUCAAGGACAAAAUCAGGGCAAAGAUCAGGCACAGAAGAGCAGGAAAUCUGAAAUCAAGCCGAUAGCUGGAAGCCCUGCUCCUCCUGGAAAUGAAGAAAUUAAAAUGCAGACUUGUGAAGCUUCGGGAGGACAAAAUGUGACGGUUUCUAAAGAAAUGUCGAAGGAAAUGGAAAAGGAGUUGUUUGCUGGAGCAAAUGCGAAAGGAGCUUCGAGUUAUGUGAGUUUGGAAUUAAGGGUUUUAUACUGAAACUCGAUGCUCUGUGUGUCUCAGAAUCAUUAGAAAAUUUCCAGCAAUUUGUCGCCAAAAAACCCAAACCUGACAACAAAAGAAAUGUGGUCAAAAAGUCAACAACUCUUGUAACACCAUCUCCGCCAAUUCCACCAAACACAAAAUCCAAUACACCAAAUUCAUCUGCCGGUUCUGGAGAAGAAAAAGGAAAAGAAAAUGAGCAGUGUGUUACACAGAAGAGUUUCGUUGAUACUGCACCAACUAUGCCAACUGUUAUGGUGACUGUUCCUAGAGGGUAAGCAUUUUUGAAGGGAUUUGAGAAGGGGGAACCUUUUUUUUCCUAUUUUUUUCAAGAUGUAGAAUUUCAACCCCACAAUUUUUCCAAUUUUUUUCAGUGUCUCGAAAAUGGAAGAUGUUCACAAAACUCAAAAAGCGAAUAGUUUGAUGAAAAGAUUGGAUGAUGUUAAAUUGGUGGAAGUUGAAGAAAACAAGAAAAAUGUGUCAGCUGAAAAAAUGAAAAGCACAUAUAAAUAA